AUGGUCGAGACAUACGAUCACUCUGGUCGCGCCGUCGCGCACCACCGGCUGCGCGUCAAUGGCAUUCGCAUGCACUGCAUCACUGCCGGCAGCGGACCAGCUCUAGUCCUUCUUCAUGGUACUCCAAAGAAUAGUUUCUAUUGGCAUAGGCUCUUCCCUUUACUGACGUCCCACUUCUCCGUUGUUGCGCCGGAUCUACGAGGGUUUGGCUAUACUGACAAGCCACCGGCGGCGGAGGGGUAUGACUGUCUGACGAAUGCUCAUGAUAUUGCGGAUCUGAUGACGCAGCUCGGGCACGAGAAGUUCUUCGUGCACGGAGAAGAUCGAGGAGCCGAGUACGCUUACGCGGUCGCGGCCGCAUACCGCGAGCGGGUCACCAAACUAUCGUUUUGCGAGAUGCUCCUCUCCGGACACGGUCUCGAAGAGUCAUCAUUCUUGACCAAAGAGAACUCAACAAGGCAAUUCCGCAAGCAGGGCGUAUGGUGUUGGCAUCUAACGUUGUUCGCCUUGCCUCACGUCCCAGAGAUGCUUAUCACAGGCCGUGAACGAGAGUUCUGGGCUUUCUUCAUGAAGCAAGAAUGCUACAAUCCAAAUUUGAUCACGGAGGAAAUGCUCGAUCACUGGACGGACUGCGCAAGACAGCCGGGCGGGCUGACUGGGAUCUUCGAGACUUAUAGAUCAGUAUUCAAGAAUGCGGAGAUCAACAUCGAGUCUGCGAAGAAGAAGCUGACCUGUCCGGUAAUGACAAUUGGCGCACCGGAGUUCUUCGGACCGUUGGUAGAGGACAACAUGAAGCUGGUCGCCGAGAAUGUGCAACAGGCAGAGAUCUUUGAGGAGUGUGGACACUCUCUAGCUCUCGAAAAGCCAGAGCGGCUUGCCGAGAGCCUGGAGAAGUUCAUGCUGGGAAAGUGA